AUGACGGUAGUUACACUCACCUCAGCCGACUAUGACCCCAACUGGAGAUUGGAAGCCAAAUUCUGGCGACCAGUCCAGGAAGGGCUCAGGGGUGACCGACCGGAGCCAGAACCCGACAUGCCUCUGAUUCCUAGCGAAGAAAUGUUUGGUCCCGAAAGGACGGCAAGGUACAACAUUGUGUAUGCUGGAGGACGCACUCUUCCACUGGAGCCGCUGCAAGUCCCUGUUCGGGAGGUCAAACAAGCGCCCGGAGACCCAGAGGGCCGCAAUUUCGCACCAAGCAAUCCGGACCAACUGAAGAUGAUGAUCAGUGAUCAUUAUGAAAAGCACAAGGAAACCUGGGCGGAAGAGUUUGGCCCCGCCUCAAAAGCCAUCCUGGCUGCCCUCGCGGACGAGAGAUACAGGGAACACAAGCCGGCAUUGUCGGAGUUGCUGGAACUCAUGUACAGAAUCGCGGACACAGCAGGACGCCCGUCCUUUGAACUCUCACGGAUCCCUGGAGACACGCCUGUGCGCGACGCAGUCCUGCAACUUUUCGCAUACGAUGCCGAUAGGCUCCAGAACGCGGAAAUCAUAAUCUUGGUAACUUCGCUCCUAGUAGCUGACGGCCACGCUGGGUCUUCCCUCGUACCGAUCAUCAAAGAUCCCGAGAUGCAGGAUCUCGCGAAAUUGAUCUACAAAGGCCUCAAAGCAGUGCUCGAAUUAUUCUGGACAAAUGGCGCAGAGGAGCAGUUGAUCAAGGAGCAGAACAAGGUGGACGAGGCGCGAGAGCGGUUGAUCGACGAGCAGGAGCGGUUGGACGAGCAGGAGCAGCUGUUGGACGAGCAGGAGCAGCGGUUGGACGAGCAGGAGCAGCGGUUGAUCGAGAAGCAGGAGCAGUUGGACCAGGAGAAGAAGCGGUUGAAGGAGGAGCAGGAGCUUGAUACAGUAGCGAGAAGGCAGACAGAUGGUUCGGCGGAGCAUUAA